AUGAAUAACGAUAGACAAGACCAACUGUUUAGUGAUCGUUCAUCAGAAAUUUCGCUCAACAAUUCAAUUCUGGGUGUGAUCAAUACUGAAAAUGCAACUUCACCAUACCUCAAAUCACUGCCAUCGACAACAUUAUUCCCAGUCCAUGCAUCCAAUACUUUGAAUUCUUUGUUAUCACGAUCACAUUGGCAAGUACCUGUUCUGCCAGAUUCUCAAUUAGAAACUGUCUUACUAGCAUCAAUCGAAAUGGCUAAACAUGGUGAAGAUAUUCAUUCACAAGAUUGUUUACAAUUUUAUUCGAAUGGUCUAAUUAAUUCUUUUCAGAAAAUAUUUCGUGAUGAUGCAGUUACUCGUUGGGAUUCACAUAUCUUACAUUUUAUUUAUGCUAAUUCUUUAUUGGCCAUUGAAUUAUGUUCCAUCAAAGCGAAAUCGGAUUGUCUAGCAAUAUUGGAAUUGGAAAGUAUUCUAUUUGAUCCUAAUGCACGAUUUCACACACGAAGUAUGAUUUCUACUAGUGUUACACAAGAAAUUCGUUUCGGUGUCCAUAGGAAUGUUGUAUGUCGAUUUGAAGAUAUAAUUAGAUUAUUGCCACAUGUAUCAAUAUUAAAUGAGCAUGAGAACACAUGUCAACAAUCAAUAGACGAGAAGAUGAAUUCCAUGAACAAGGAGGAGGAGCCUCAUGAUCCUUUAGUGGCAAGAAGCAAUACAACCGCACCAAAAGAAUAUUCUGUUCAUUGUACAAAUAAUCGUGAUGUACCUAUUCUAGUGGAUUUUAUUAAUCUAUUUGGACGAUUCAAUGGAUUUGAUCGAUUGAAAGAACGUUUCAAUGAAUUAGAUGACAGUUGGAAUCAGCAACAGCAGCAACAACAACAACAAGGUGAAUUGGUACAACAGCACGAUCAUCAACAACAACAACAACCUCAGACACGAUUCUUAUCAAUUAGUUUAAUACAUGCUUAUCUGUAUCCAUUUGCUUUAUGCUCGAAUUAUUUGCAUGAUUCGGUAAUUGAAGAAUAUUUCAAGCCAAUAAUGACCAUUGUUAUGAAUUAUUUAACUCAUAUAACUGAUGAUCAAAUUAAAUGUGAAACGAAAAAAGAAUUUCGUAAUAAAGAUGAUCUUGUCACAAGUUUGAAAUUUAUUUUAUGCACACUAACCAAACGUACUGUUACAUCAUCAUCCAUAGAAAAUGAUAUUGAAACCAUUGAAUUGCUUAGUUUAAAUUUAAUUUAUCGUUUAUUUCAGCUGUCUUCUUUCAAUGGUAAAAUGAACACUUUGAAUGAAUUGAUACGUUUAUUAGUUGAUAUUAAUUCAUUACGUAUUGGUCAAUGGAUUCGCGAUGUUCAGUUAUUAAAAUUAUUGCUUCGUGAAAAUCUGCAUCAAUUACAAUAUGUGGAGAAAGUCGAGGAGAUUAUACGUUUUAUGAUUAGAAAAUCAAUGUUAACACUGGAUGAUUUAGACAUGAUAUGGGAAUCACAAACUGGUAAACAUGAAACAAUCAUUAAAAAUAUAUUUCAUAUGUUAACACGUUUAACAUUAGAAUUUUCAAUGAAUCAACUAAAUUAUUUAUUUGAUUGUUUCAAGGUAUGCUUUUUCAUUUAUUGA